CUCUGGCAGUGGGGGAGUGGCUGAGUGCACACGUUCGUCAGCCCACACCACCAUCUACCGUUCCCGCCUGGAAAAUAUACCGCGCUUCAGGUCCGAAUUAGUUUAAUGUGCCAUUCGCCCAUAGCCAGUUCUCGGACUGAUGAGAAAAGAUAAUUCUGCCAGACAUCAAUGUUAAGUAAUCAUUCAUACUCCCGUUGCGCGCAUUUGGCCAGUUCCGCGGGACAUUAAUGGACGCUGGGAGACUCGGUCUUCGUUUCUCCCAGUGAUGUGACCGCUACAACCUCUCCGAGGAGCAUCACUGCUGCACGGAAUUGUCGCCCAGUCGCCACACGCAUUGUAAGCGCGCGGGGGAGAUUUAUAGGGGGUUUCAGACCGCGAGAUCAGCAGCUGCAAUUACUCCGCGCGAAGAUCCGGGGAACAGCAAGCUGCUCAGACGUACGGUGGCCCCGAGCGUCCGUGCAGCGACGAGGCAGAGGCGGCAGGCAGGGAAGGCUGCUAAUUCCUUGCGGUUUGUGCGACUGAGAAGGGCUUGAGCUUGCUCGCAGAAUAAUGGGAAACUGCUUCGUUACGAGGAGCUGUUUUAAUUUCCCAGUUGCAGACAGGCAAGUGGCGGGGCUUCACUAAGAGUGCGCCUGUUUGGUGUGGUUUGAUUGGGAGCCUUCUUGAACACACGGGGCCGUUUUUAUUCCUCGGCACAAGCAGACGGAGUGUAGGGCUCUACUACAUAACAACCUCGUCGUGGGAAAUAUACCAUCUUAUUUGUGACAUGUGUGAUAUGUGAGCGCCCUUUGAUCCUUGUCGCAGCAAUCAUUUUGGAAGUUACAAUCUUUUUUGUAAUUUCCUUGUUACUGAUAUUCAGUAGACCAAAGGAGGAACGACUAAUGUAAAGUUGAGACACUGAUUUUUGUCUGAAAGCACUACUACUGCGGACUAACUUACUUUCGUGACUUGAGACGGGAUUACUGCGCCAGUAAGUCUUCAGAGAGUUUGAUGAUGAAACGGGACACAAAAUUAUAUUCAGGCAUAGCCCGUUAUUCCAGUUGAAUCGCCUACAUGGAAUCGACGACUUGAAAGGGAAGUGUGUUUUAUUUUAUUGUUUUCUUUCACAUGUAAGAUUCUUUUGUCUUCUUUUGACGCGAUUGGCUACUGUGACAUUAGCUCGUGUCCUCCUCAUGUUGAAGCCGCUGGGGUUACCCAUAGCCGACCAAACUAUCUCCAAACAUCAGCCCGCGGCACUCGGAAGCAACUGCCAACUUCACCCGAGACCCAGGGCUGAGCAUCAUCAAGCCCGUACCUCCUGCUUAUGUGAUCUGCCUCAUUUCUAAGGUUUCUGGAGGGUGUUGAUGGAGAGGAUUUCGAAUGACAGCCGGGACAGUGGUCAUCACAGGAGGAAUUUUAGCAACUGUUAUCUUACUAUGUAUCAUUGCUGUACUGUGCUACUGUAGGCUGCAGUAUUAUUGCUGUAAGAAGGAAGAAUCGGAGUCGGAGGAGGAGGAGCCGGACUUCGCUGUGACGUCGCGCCUCCCGCCCGUCCACUCCAACCACAACCUGUUGGCGGCCUCCGCAGCCACGGCAACGACUGGCCACACCAUCGGGGUGGGUGGCGGCGGGGGCAUCGCCACAGCCAAUGGCCCCGUGGCCCUGUUCACGCCCCCCGCGACGCGCAAGCUGACGCGCUCACACACCUUCUGCCCGUCGUGCACGUCGCGCUACGAGCUGCCCUUCUACCUGCAGCCGCCCGCGCCGCCCGUGGUGGAGAGCCACCUGCGCAACGGCGGCGAGCGCCUCAGCUACCGCGCCGUGCAGCAGCAGGACCUGCAGCUGCCCGUGGAGAUGCCUGUGCCCAGGUACGCCCACGCGCACCCGCACCACCAGCAGGCCCUGCACCACCCACAGGCCCUCCACCCACCGGCGCCUAGCAACAAGCUCAACCUGACCCGCUCCGUCACCAUGCGCGAGAUGUUCACGCGCAGCUGCAGCAUCAGCACCGACGUCUAGCGCCGGACCUCAACCGGAGCUGGAACUGAAAUGGGAUCAGGAUCGGGGAGCACCACUGAUUAAGUUAAGCAAAACUGGACUGGGUCAAGGAUUGGGUCAGGUGCUCGUGUGACUCCGACUGGGCAGCUAGCUGGGGUUCGAACUUAAAUAUGCCGUUUUUUUAUUCCAGAGAACUCUUGUCUACAUGGAGAUGAACCACGUUGUGCAAUUCAGGCAUCUCUUUUCUCUUUGUCCUCUGCCCUCUGUGGAUGUCAUUAUGAGGGCUCGGAGACGCUACCUGUCAGAUUCUCCCAGGGCCAGGGGC